AGAUCCUCAUGAUGAUGAUGCGGGUGGGUGAUGACAAGCCUGAUGAUAGACACAGACUUGAUUUACGCAGAUGGCGGUAAAUAAUCUGCAAUCUUGGGAAUUGAAUAAUAAAAAAAAUUUUUAAACUAAGAAAAUAAAGCAAGUAUGAGUAAUUCGAGGUUCAAAAUGCCAUCCUAGGACCUAAGGACCUAAAACAGGAAUGAAAUUUGAGGAAUUUACUUCUCUGGCCCGUUUUUGAAAUUUCAUACCUGGGGUUUCUCUCAGGAACCGCAGAAAUUUUAUUCUUCAUGAAAACGGCGAAUAUGUCAAUCAGGAUUCUGUGGUCCAGAUUCUAGGCUUCCAAUCCCCAUUCAAGAAAUCGAUAGCAAGAGUUCCAUUGAUGAUUUCAUUUUUUCAGAACUUUUCUUGAAUUCUAUUCCUCAAACAAGAGAAAUACCCAUUGAAGAUCACCAAAGGACAAAGGAUUCCUUGUUUUUGGUGGCACGUAAUUAAUUCAAAAACUCAAAGGUAACUUCAUUAUUGCCAAAUGAUCAUCAACCCACCUGCCAUCUGUUAUCAGCAGUAAUAAGCUUAAACAGAAAAAUGACCGCUGAUAAACCAGUAGCUGUUGAAGAUUGGCUGGAAAGUUUAACAGGAAGGGAUGAAUGUAAAAUAUUUGAGUGGUGGGAGAUCAGCCGGGAGCGUUGAACAAAGGUCGUCCGCGUCCUGAGAAGUGCCGGCGAGUAGACCGUACAAGACACUCACCAGCUCGACAUCAAAAACUAUUAGUGGUACAUAAGAUACCGUAAUCCAGAUCACAUCUCGUGAGGUUUAAUAAUACAAACUAUUACAGGCAGAGUGGCGGUGUUAUUUGUGAUAACAUGGCAGCGGCUACCAGCGUUGUCGUUCUCGAUCGGGGCAACAAUACCACCUGCACUAUUAAUUUACACGGAGCUACAGUAGUUUCUUGGAGGGUUAACAAUCAAGAACAGCUGUUCGUUAGUAAGCAAGCGGUGUUCGACGGGAAGAAGGCCAUUAGAGGUGGAAUUCCAUUUGUCUUUCCUCAAUUCGGAGCGUGGUCAUUCGGACCAGGACAUGGGUUUGCCAGGAUCAUGCGUUGGAAUGUUGAAAAAUCACCUGAAAGACUACCGAGUGGUGAUGUCGAAGCGAUAUUUUCAAUAAUGGACAAUGAGUUCACUCGUUCCAUGUGGAAUUAUCCGUUUCGAUUAACUUACAGGCUGAUUUUACGUGAAAAAGAGCUUCAUUUUAAUAUUGGCGUUUACAAUCCCAGCAAAGAGCACACUUUCAGCUUCAAUUUACUUUUGCACACAUACUUCAAGGUUCCCGAUGUUAGAAGGUGUCAAAUAACUGGUCUUCAUGGCUGUACUUUCAUCGACAAGACGAGGGAUAAUCAAAUCUUCCAAGAAGGCUUAGACGUCGUUACCGUCCGCGAGUGGACUGACAGAAUUUAUCAAAAUACUCAGCCCGAGCAUAUAAUAACUAAUGUAGUGUCGGGUCGUAAAAUGCGCGUUCAAAAGUACAACUUUCCCGACACAGUUAUUUGGAAUCCGUGGCAAGAAAAAGCUCGAGACAUUCCUGACUUUGGUGACGACGAAUUUCCAAAUAUGAUUUGCGUCGAAAGUGGACACGUCAGUAGCCCGGUUAUACUUUUGCCAGGAACUGCUUUUGAGGCUAGUCAAAUCCUUCAGGUCAUGUGAGUAGAGGGUGGAGUAUCAUCGAGCCAAGUGCCGUCAAAUAAUUCCGUCACAUCGGACCACUUUCUUCCUGCAUCGGGUACUUUGUCACCAGCGCGGCCACGCGCAACUGUUGGUUGGCCGGCCAGUCCACCAAAUUGGCUCUAUGUUCAAUCUCCAAUGCAGACACCCACGACACCUAAUCAUCAUCAUCUUCAUCACCACCACCACCAUCACCAUCCGUCGCAUCAUUACUCAAACUGUAUUACACAGUCUUGUUCAAUCUGUUCUCUCAAUCUCUAGAUACUUUGCUGGUAUAAACAAAUCGUGUACCAGCUUGUCAAUCAAUUUUUAUCAGAUAGUUUAAACUACUGUUAUUAUUAUUAUUUUUAUUUCUUUUACUAUUAACAUUGCGGUAUAAGUAACGCAGUUUAUCAGGUUGAUAUACAUUCCCAAUAGAUUAUUCCUUGGGCGUUGUCUCGAGAUGACUGGUGAUUUUAUUAUUAUUAUUAUUAUUAUUAUUAUUAUAUUUACUUUAAUCCCGUUGAUGUUACAGAUAAAGCAAUGGUGCUAUUGUAAGUUACUGUAGACUUAGAUAUAGAGAAUCAUUAAUUUAAUCAGCCCACCGACUUUAAAUCGUAGGGUCUGUUUUUGUUUCUAUUUUUAUUAAUUAUUAUUAUUUUUACCGUAACCGCAUUUACAUGUGAAUUACAAGCAAUAGUAAAUUUUAAAUACAAGAUUAAGGUACUCUCAGACAGUACCCCCACUUUUUAGAAUUUUAUUGCUAUAUUAAAAUUUAAUUAAUUAAAAAAAAAAAAUUGAAACUUUAAUUGUAAGAAGGAUAAUGUAGAAGGAAUUUCGCCGAGAUUAAUUUAAAAAAAAAAUUACUUACAGUUGAUAUCAAUUAAGAGUUAAACGAAAUUUUGAAAAUAAAUUUCAGUAAAAUUUUCAUGUCAAUUUUUAAAAUUUUGUAGGCUAAAAUUUAUUUUCAAAAUUUCAUUUAACUCCCAAUCAAUAUCAACUUUAAGUAAUUUUUUUAAAAUUCUAUUUCUCGGUAAAAUUACUUCUACAUUGUCCUUUUUUCAAUUAAUUAAUUAAAUUUUGAUAUGCUUAUAACAAUCGAAAGUCAUUUAAAAAGUGCGGACACUGUUUAAGAAUGGCCUUAAUUUAAAUUUUAAUUUAUAAUUCUACGACAUUUACUGUCAGUUCUUAUCUUCAUUGCAAUACAAUUAAAAUAUCAAUAGAAAAAUAUUAAUAACCAUUUCCAAUAAUAGUAAUAAUUAUAAAUCAAUGUAAUUUUUAAAAAAUUAUUUUAAUAUUUUGUACCCGUGUCGCUUUCUCAUGAAAUAUUUAAAUCUUUAGUUGAUUGUUAUUGUUAAGAAUGCGAUACUGAAAAAAAAAAUUAAAAAUGUAUACGAAGAAAAAAAGAAAAUUGCCAUUGAAUGAAAAUGUUAAAUAUUAUUAAUAAAUUAACAUCGAGUUGCAGCGGCUUUUUUUAGAUACUAAAUUAAUAUGAUACAAUAAAUAAGUAAAUAAAUAAAUUCGUAAAAUUUUUCAUAUUAAUUAAAACGAUGAUAAUUAUUACUGGAUAGUUUUAAUUGUUUAAAUAGACUCAGUUAACUACAGUUUAAUAAAACAGUGCAAGUAAUUGUAAAUAGAUAAUAAUUCAGAUGUUAAUUAUUCGCGUGAAAAUGCUGAUAAUUAAAAGUUAUAAAAAUUAGUUUUUGAUUAACUAAAUAAUGUGUAGUGAUUAAUUGAAAUUAAAAUUAAUCGAUAAUUAUUGAAAUAUAAUGCGUACAAUUGCAUUUUUUAUCUUUCCCAUAUGCGCUCUUUGUUUUUUUUUUUAAAUUUACAACAAAAUAAAAUCGUAAAAAUAAUAAAUAUAUAAAAUUCGUAUAGUUUACAAUAAAAAUAUGAUGGAUAAUGAUAACAAUGUGAAAAAAAUGUACUCUUGAUAG